CCUUGGUAUGAUGAGAUGAGCUGGGCCCGUCCGUCACCAAAGCUCGAUCUCCAUUUCCUGGAUCUCAAAUAAUCUUUGACCAUCCGUGACCAUCCCUACUUCCUCUUCAACCCUGUUGAUCUUCAUACCUUCGGUGUGAAGCACUCUCAAAACUCUUUGUGGUGCGCAAUGGGGGACAUUAUCGCCACAAAUCGACGUCAAGCAGCGUCCCGAUAGCAAUCCAAGCCACCUGCGACAUCUUUUCGUUGCGCCCGAACCACCCGCGCAGAGAGUCUCGAGGUCGAAAACUGUCAACACCACAACCGCCAACAUGAGUCUCUUCCAUCGGCGAAGCAGGUCGCAGUCGGCCUCGCGGCCCCAGACUCCUGCUUCCGCAUCUGCCCAUAUGGCUGCGUCUCAGGCCUUCCUAGCCAACAGAGUCUCGCAGGGUAAUCUGUCAGCUUCCGCUGCUGCUGCUGCCCUCAGGAACUUGUCCCCUACGCCUACCCCGAUCGAUCAGCUUCAGACGAAGCGCAUGAUUCAAAGGCAAGCCUCUCUUUCACAACUUUCUACUGGGUCUGGUCGAGGAAGAUCAAGAGGCGGUCUACAACGGCAACAAAGUGCCAGUUCCAUGACUGAGAGGACGUUUAGAACUCCCUCGCCGUCCCCUUCGAGACAACCUACCCGGCCUGAACCUGCAUUGGCGCCUCCGCUGCCAAACAUACCGCAACAGUACACUACUAGUCCGGUGGUGCCAGCAAAGAAGAAGAAGCGCGCUUCCAGUCAAGGCGCUCCUCCGCCUCGAGUGUUGUCGCCUCCCCCGACUGGACCGACAAAUCGAGGCCAGAGCCUGGAUCGCUAUGGUGUUUCUCAGCCGGUGGCAGCAACCCAGAAGAGCAGUCACUUACCAAAGGUGCCUGAGCUUGAGCGUACUGACAGCCGGAACUCUGUCAAUUUUUCCAGGCCUCUAUCACCUCGACCGCAAUCGCCUCUCCCUGAAUCACCAAUAAUAGCAAAUGGGGAUAGAUCCAUGAGGAAACCGGCCGUUGCACCAAUCUCUCCCACGCGGGUCGAGCAAAUCCAGUAUGGCCUUGAAGAGACCGCCAAUCAACCCGUCAAGAAGAAGAAAAAGAAGGCUGUUCCUGAAUCAUCCGAGGGCAGUCAUCUCCACAGCGGAACAAUGGGAAGCAAGCCCGUGGUGCAUCCUCUUGAACCGGAACCUGAGCCACAUGGGAGGCCAGAGGCUCAAUACAGAGAUGAACAAGAGCCGCAAGUCCGGAGGAAAAAGAAGAAAGCAGUGCUCUCUGGAGAAAGUACCCAUUUUCCCGCCUCCGACGCGUCAUCUCGAACCGACUCUGAUUCAGAUUCAAAUGCCGAAAAGACAAGAGAUCGACGCGCUCAAAGAGCGUCUGGCGUGUUGGCAAAACAACCCUCUAUUGUGCGGGAAGACUGGGAGGGAGAACAGCACGAGGAAGCAGGAAGGGCGAGUCCAUCGCAAGUCCACUCACCCACGGAGCAAGAGCUAGGCGCCGUUCACGAUGCUACACCACUGCAAAAUAAACGUGCAAUCAACACUGCCAAUGUAUCGAGGAAGAUUGAAGAACCACUUCCGCCCACAAAACCAAUCAACCAGGCAGUCCCAACAGAGGCCCAUGCAAACAGCCAGCCCCCGCAGCCACAAUCUGCACCUGCAGUCUCAGCUAACCUUCAGGUCACGGAGCCUCGCACGGUGAGGGAGACAUCUCUGAGCCCUUCGAGGUCCACGAGAUUCUCAGAUAGGCUGUCUUCGGACCUUGCAGCUGGACGCAAACAUGAACCACUUCCUCGGUCCGUUUCGCCUGCAAAAUCUGCGCUCAAACAUCACUCGCCCAGCGGUGGUGACCUGCAUCAGCCUCGCGUUCGGGGUUCUAGUGUCACUCCGAGCGAGUCAUCCGACGUUUCCAGCGCUUCCGCAGAGGGGCCUGCGAGACGGAAAAAAUCCGUGCGAGUAAGCUUCGAUGCACAGCCCGAGAUCGUGGGUACCUCCGACGGCGUUCAAAGUUCGGAUAGUCCAAGCAAGGAAAAGAAGUCAUGGCUGGGCGCUGGGAAGAGUAAACCAACACUGAAUACCAUCCCUUCGAAUGACGACAUGGAAGAGUUGCUGAAGCCACGUCCCCAACUUCCUUCCUUUGGCAGCGUACGGGGUCAGAAGUCCCGCGAUGCGAACGACGCCAAUGCGCCUCAGGUGUCGAGAUCCCCACCAGCAUCGGUGUCGACGACAACAAGCACGCCGUCCUUACGAUCUACCGCAUCUUCGGUAAAUACCUAUCCUUCUACAGGAAUUUCCAGCGACCAUGCUGUUGGAGCGAUUCUAUCACAAGAAGCGCAAAAGAAAAGCAGGGAUCAUUCCAACGAGCCAUUACCGCCAGAGGUAACGUCCGUACAAGGCACGAUUUCUUUCUCUGACUCCGAGAGUGACACCUCAGAGACCGAAGAAGCACCACAGUCCGUUCCUGUAGAGAACGUUCCAAUGACUGAGAAACCCGUCGCAAUCCCUGAGCCGAUGCCGAGUAUUAAUCACCGGGUCACAACGGCGGACACCCCCCCUAUGCAAGCGGAGAUGCCGGCCGAAUUGCCGGUGGUGUCCAUCUCGCCUCCUACUCCCAAGGCAGACGAUCAAUGGCAGGUCGAUUUACCAGGAGGAUUUCCAGUGUCUCGCGAUGCACUUGCGCAACUGGAGGAAUCACAGAAAGACGACUCCAGUCAGCCUGGCCUAGGCAUCGGUAGCACUACCGACAGCGAGUCGGACAACGAGAGCAUCUACAGUGAUGCUGCAGAGGAUCCUGCUGAGCUUGACGGCACUGGCUUCGGCUCUAUAGACGCAAUUGUGGUUAGCCCAAUGGCGCCAACUGUGCCAACGCGCAUCACACCUCCUGACAGCCCGCUUGCCCGCGCACCAGAACCGCGACCUCAGCCGCCGGUUUCUGCGGGUUCAUGGGAACAGACUCAGGCGCGUUGGCGUGAUUUGGCAGAGCAGACGAGGAAAGCUCCAUCUCAACCAUCAGAGGCGACAGAAUCAGCCCAGCCAGCCCGGCCGGAAGCCAUGGCGGUGGAACCUGCACUUGACCAGCCAGCACCGCAGCAGCAGCCUGUACAAGCCAUGGCAGCGCCCGUAUCUGCGCCAAACCCCAGGAAGAAGAAGACGCCGGCUGCUAUUGCUGCUGCGGCCUCCGUCCCAGCCGCUGUCAUUACUGAACAGGGAUUGCCUGGCUCUCGGCCUCGCAAGAAGAAGCAGCCUGCAUACUCGAAAGUUGAUCAAGGAACAGCCGGGGCGAGCGCCGCCUCUGCUGGACCGUUGAGACAAUCGAUGAGGACGACCGCUCCAGCAGAAGCAGAGCCGACAAUGCGGAAGUCGAUGCGCAACCGCAAUUCCAUGCCUGCUACGGCCACCGCUCCUCAACAACAAUAUUUGCAUCAAGCUUCUAUGAGAACUCCUACUCAGCCGCGAGCGGCUCUACAGAAGAAGCACAUACCUCCCGCUCCACUUUCCACUUCUGCGGCAGCCUCUGCAGUGUCUCCGCGGACGGCGCCCGCUCCACCUGUGGCAACGAACGAUAGUGAUUCAGAAAGCUCAUUCAAGAAGGCUCGCCGAAGUAAAUCCUCAACGGGAGGCCAGUAUACCAUGCGUCGAAGUAUGAGAGGCGCCCCAGAUCCCACAUUGCGAGGCGAAGGACGAAAUGGAGUCCGGUCCGUUUCACCUGCGGGCCGACGACCGUUCUCUCCUCCAGGAGGACAACGCACCAUGCGGGCGUCGAUGAGAGGUUCUGUCGACAGCUCGGUCCCUACACUGCGAGGAUCGACCGACGCUAAGCGAUCGUCGUCCUUGUUUGGCCGUAGACAGGGCAGUGUGCCCCCAUUGCCUCCUGCUGCAGCAUCAAAACACCAGUCUCGGUUUGUGGAUUCUGACGAUGAGGAGACGGCACCACGGGCUAAGAAAUGGCGUUCGCGCUUUGGUGAUGACAGUGAUGAUGAGAGCGAUUUGACGCCUGUCCGCGGUAUCCCACGACGAACAGGGGACGGUGACUCCACGGAUCUGGAAGAUAGCUCAGACGAGGAGAAGCCGCGUACGCCGGUGCAGCCAGCUAGGCUUCAGAUUCCACAAAGCACGAUGACACCUGCGGGCGCAGAACCUAUGUCACCAAAUACUGAAAAGAAACGAGGUCUAUUUGGCCGACUGCGAGGCAAGAAACAAAAGGACGCAGCACCUUCCCCCAUGGUCGAGUCUCCGCAAGCACCACCACCCACCGACUUAUCCAAGCCUUCCAACCUAGGCUUCUCAUCCAAAGCUGAAAGAGACCGAGUAAUUGAGCAGACUCGUGCUCGCUUAGAAGCAGCUCAACAACCGCAACCAACACAUCAGCCGCACAAUAAGCUCCAACGACGGCACACUCCUCAACGGGUUAUGAGUGAUUCUUGGCCUUUACCUCCAAAGAUAUCGGACAAUAUGAACGAUCGACCCAACACAGCCGACGGGGCGACAAUGCGAAAUGGCUCAGCCCGGCUGAACCAAGGGAGCAUGCGGACCAGAGACGUACCAAUGGAACCAGUCGGGCGAAGUGGGAAGAAGAAGAGGUUUCCAAUGUUGCGAAAAGCCUUUGGGUUGAAAGAUUGAGUUCUUGCAUCCUCGACUGAGUGAGAACAUUCCUUCUGCGUGAGUUUUGUUUGACCCCUGAGGCACCAACUUACGAGGUCUUCCCUUGUGUUUCUCUCUUGAUAUGUUUUAUUGGAUCAACACGGAAUGUACGAGUGGGAGGAAAAAGGCAAUGCUACAAAGUGGUGGUUUCCGGACAAGCAAGAAAUACUAGCGGGUUAGCUGAUUUGGCGGAAAUACAGUACAUAUUGAAGCACAUAAUCCUGCAAAGGAUGGUGCGUAGUAUUUAAUUUAAUAAUAAGCUGUGUCAACGGGAUCAAGA